GCGAUCGAGAAAAGCAGAGAAAAGUGUUGACAGUUUUCCGAAAAAUAUUUUUUUUUAAAUGGAUGAAAAUUCGGAAUUAGUCGAUGAUCCGGAACCGACGAGUUCUAGUGAGCCCGAUGAUCUCGGGGCUAUCGAACAGAGAAUGAUUGCACUUGCAAAAACAAAACCAAAGGGUAUAUCUGAUAAGGAUAUAUCAAUGGAAAUGCCUGAUUUGGAACCUCUGCAGAAGGCCCAAAUAGUGAACAAGCUUUUGUCCCGAGGAUACAUCGAUUUGUUCAAGCAAGGAGGAUCGUUGCUUUAUCGAUUGAAAGAUCCUAACAAAGGAAAAGCUGUAAAAGGAGCAGACAACGAGGAAAAAAUAGUUUAUUCGAUAAUAGAGGAUGCCGGCAGCAAGGGAAUAUGGAUACGAGAUAUUCGCUUCAAGUCCAAUCUCAUGCUGACCCAGUUGAAUAAAAUAUUAAAAAAUUUAGAGACAAAAAAACUUAUCAAAGCUGUGAAAUCUGUAGCAGCAAGCAAAAAGAAAGUUUACAUGCUUUACAACCUUGAGCCAGACAGAACUAUCACUGGUGGUGCUUGGUAUCAGGAUCAGGACUUUGAAGCUGAAUUUGUUGAUGUUCUCAAUCAACAAUGCUUCAGAUUUCUUGAUCAAAAACGAGAAGAUAAUAAAGACUGUAGACUUGGCCCGAUCGAUGCAAGAAAUUCCACUUUUGCAUCUUCUAAAGAAGUUUGGAAAUUUAUUUCUGACCUUGGCAUUAGUAAGGUGAAAUUAUCAGUGGAAGACCUUGAAAUGAUUUUGAAUACCCUUGUUUAUGAUGGUAAAGUUGAAAGAAUACUUUCGUCAGAUGGAAAUAAUUUAUACAGAGCUAUACAACCAAUGUUGAGUCCACCAGGGCUCAUAAAAACUCCCUGUGGAGUUUGCCCGGUAAAAAUCGUUUUUUUAAAUCUGUUUCGAAGAGGCAUAUCAGCCUCUCCUAUUACAUACGAGUCGGAGAAAGUAUCUCACCUCAAGAAACCGACGUGUAUCUACUUUUCGGUUAUCAACUCUUCAGUCAUGCAUCUGAUCGGUGAGGAAAAACUGCUGCGACGUUGGAGACGUUUCGCCAAUUAAAUGCCAAUACAUCACGGAAUGUGAACCGGCAUACGAAUACACAAAUGAAAAUUGAUCCAAAAUUCCAUGAAAAUUCCCGCUCAUUUUCCGAAUCGCAAAAAUGAAUUGAGCCAACUCCCGCCAAAUCGAAAAUUUUCUUACAAUUCGUCGAGCCAUUGACGUUUACCAACUUCAUCAGAGGAUUUCCAAAAUGUCGCUUGCCACCUGUCACAAGAAACGCAAGAAGCCCACACUGACAGAUUGUGAAAUGUCAUGAAUUAAUUGGAAUGGCCACAAAUUUCGAUUUUAAUAAAUUAAAGAUUAUCAUA